CCGGGGAAAGUUUGGCUCGGAAGUUUGGAAACUUUGCCGAGUUUUGGCGGCUUUGUUUUACCGCUGUUUGGUCCGCGGAUCUGGGUUAAACGGUUGUUAGGUGAUAAACAGGGGAGAGAGGGAGACACGUGUGGAGAAACAUCGGUGAGAGAUCUAGCUAGCUGGUUUGUCCGAUCUGGUCUGGUCAUUCAGGACCUAGGGACCCGGAAAACAGACUGGGAAGAUCAUGGACAACAGGAAAAAGACGGACGUUUUGAACAGGUAUUUUGAGUACAAGCGGAUCUGGGACAAACACAGAUAUCCUGGAGAGAACACCAAGGAGCUACUAUGGAGCCAACAGCUGAAGGAGCGUCAGCUUCGCGCGUCCAGACACCAGCGGAAGAAGUCUCAGGAGGCGAAGGAGCAGGUCCUGUCUCUCAUGGCCAUGCGCGAGGAGGAGGAGAGGGCCAAGGAGGAGGCCGACAAGGAGGCGUACGAAGAAGAGGUCAGACGUCAGCAGGAAGAGGUCGUCCCGCCGCCCCCGCCCGAUGAGAACCCGUCAGACGACGAGAGCGACGACAGCGAGGACGAACAGAAGGACACAAACGGACUGCCGGUACACUGACUGAUAUCUGACUGACUGGAAUGGAGGUCAAGCUGGGUUACUGGGCCACACAUGCGGGGCCAGUAUAGCGUUGAGACUGGGCCACUUUGGAGCAUUAUGACUGGCCCUGCCACGACCAAAGCUUACUUCAGAGUCCUCUGCUGUAUUAUACAUACCUGCACCAUGUACAUACAUGUAUUAAAUGUUGUUUCACAAGUACAAUUUUCCAAUUGACAACAGCAGUUUUGUGAAUCAGAAACCAUAUCAGCUGUUAGUAUAAGAUGUUACACUUUGUAGAUAGAUUAUAAGAAACAAAAGUAUGUGUAUAUUAAAUCUUUGCAACAAU